AUGUAUAAACCAAUACUGAAAAAUUUAAAAAGCUUACAACAUAUACAUUUCCCCGGUAUUACUAGUUUUCAGCAUGGAUUAAACAUUCAAGAUCUAUUAAUGGAUCAACAUUUAGCUCAAAAUGCAUUAAUGUCCAAGAUACGACGAAAUCCAAUUAAAAUUGAUCAAUCAGAAUUAAAACCAAUUCCACCAACAGUUUUAACUUUUCAAUUCGAAAACGUAUAUGUCUCAGGUCUCAAGCUGAAAAAUCAAAUAUCGGAGCGUGACAUUCAAAACUUCAAGAGUUUAAAUAGUAAAUUUUUUCAAUUAAAUAGAGGUGGCCAAUUGACAUGGCAUGGGAAAGGACAAUUAGUAACAUAUUUAAUUUUAAAUUUAAAAGAUUUUACAAAACUUUCACCGAAAUGUUAUGUAAAUAACAUCCUUUUAAAACCAUUACAAAAAGUUCUAGAAUCAAAAUUCGAAUUAUCUUCCCAAUUUGAUGAUUUAAAUCCUGGAAUAUUUAUAAAUCAAAAUAAAAUUGCAAGUAUCGGAGUUAGAAUUCGUCAUGGAAUAACUGAAUAUGGAACUUCUUUGAAUAUAAAUCCUGAUUUAAAAUAUUUGAAUACUUUUGAAUUAUGUGGGUUAAAAAAUGGUAAACAAACUUCGAUAGAUGAGAAUUUGAAUAAUGGAAAGGCUGACCUGAAUAAAGACUUGAAUAUAGAGACUAUUGCGGAUUCAUAUGUUGAGCAAAUUGCUAAAGUUUUGAAUUUGCCAGAUAUUGAGAAGGUUAUACUAUAG